AUGCAGAAAACCAAUGCAUCCGAAGGAAUACCGGGCGAGAAGUGCCGCGUUUGCGGGAAGCAGCCGGCUCGAUUAUGCUACGGAUCGGUGGCUUGCGGGCCCUGCAAAACAUUCUUCUUGCGUGUCGCAACGAGAAAAGCUACCUACGCAUGCACCCUCGGCGGAAAUUGUGUAUAUCAAGCCGGACGACGGGAUGGAUGUAACAGACGGGCCUUGGAGGGCACCGAGGAACUGUUAUUUCCAAAAUCGCCGAUUCUGCCCUCGUUGACAGAGGGCAGUUUCUGCAUCUACGCCUGCGGCAUACUCGUCCCGAUACAACAAUUCUACCAUACGUUUAAAAAUGGAUACUCGGGACUGCUCCAAGGCCUCGGCCUGGGGUUGAAUCCGAAUGACUGUGUCGAAGGGGGCAUCCCCGACUUUCUAAAAGCCACCGGCCGCGAGCUCCACGAAAAAAUUUUCCCACUCCUACGUCGAGUGCGAUUCACGUUUGAGGAAUUCCUAAUCUGGAAGAUGGUCGUCAUUUUUACGCCUGGACCAAUUGGCCUGACUGAUGACAGCCGCAACACGAUACGCGUCGCACGGCAGAAGUAUUUGUGGAUGCUGUCGAAGCUUCUCCGUCAAAAUCAAACGGAAAACGAGGCGAUCCAAAAGAUGCAGGCCCUGAUGCAUGUUCAUCGUUGGUUUGAGAAAUAUGCUCAUCAGUCGUGCCUCUUCGGGGCCAAGUGCUUUGUGAUGGGCGGAGUACAAGCCGGCAUCCACGGAAGGGAGACGCCCGAGAUUUGGGAGCUCGAGCCGAAGGACAGGAACAUGUUCAUCAUGCACGUCAGCGGCCUUGUGAUCGCCAUCCAGCAAUCCUACUCCACCUUCCGCUCCGGAACCGAGGGGCUGCUCGUCGGGAUGGGGCUGCACUUUGACCCUAGCGAGUGGGAAGUGGAAGAGGGGAUCCCGGCCUUCCUGAAAAAGACGAGCAUCCAGCUGCACACUGACAUUUUCCCCACGCUUCGGGCAGCCCGCUUCACUCAUGAAGAGUUUUUGAUCUGGAAGAUGAUGGCUAUUUUUUCGCCUGCUCCUAUCGGGCUCACCGAAAGCGGAAGCAACGUGAUUCGCCGGGCUCGAAACAAGUAUCAAAGCAUGUUGGUUCAGUUAAUCCGCCAAAACUGCACCGAGGGCGAGGCCAUCACCAAGAUGUACGCACUAAUGAAAGUGCACCGGUGGUUUGAGCGAAACGCCAACCAAGCCGCAAUGCUGGCCACAAAAACCUUCGUGAUGGGCGGCUAUGAAGUGGGCAUUGCCGGGAAACUUGUCGGGGACGUCGCCUUUGCGAGGGCU